CCCCUGACCAUUGCCUCUUGUGGGCAUGAACAUGGCCCACCCCACUGUGCUCCUGUGGGUGUGGGGGAGUCUCCAGGCCUUUGAACUUGUGGAGAAGGAGAAUAUUUUUCAGAGGACCCCUUGCCCCGCGUUUCUGAUAUUUGACAAUGCAGCCUACCUGGCCGACAUGAGCUUCGAGCUUCCCUGCCACUGCAAGCCUGAGGAGGUGUCUGCUGUGGUCUGGUACUAUCAAAAGCACCUGGGCAGCCGCCACACCAAAGUGCUGACAGACUUCGACGGGCGGGUGCUGACAGAGGAAUCCCAGGUGCGUGUGGGCAGCGACAUGCUGGUUCGUUUCAGCAUCCGCAUGUUCAGCCUGUUGGUUUUCCGGGCCCAGCCUGAGGACUCGGGCUUGUAUUUUUGUGGCACCCGCAAGGGGGACUACUUUUAUGCCUAUGAUGUGGACAUCCAGAGCAGUGAGGGAAUGGUGGCCACCUUCAAGGACCAGGGCCAGGAGCCCAUUCCAGAUGAGCACCGCGGGAACCUCCACAUCUUCACCACCUUCUGGGAGUGGACCCCUUGUGACCGCUGUGGGGUGCGUGGGGAGCAGUGGCGCAUUGGCCUCUGCUACUUGCAGAGCCCAGAUCUCUCCCCACGUUACCACAAGACACUGCCUGAUGUGGUGUCCUGUGGUUCACAGGCUGUGCCCAGAAAGCUUCGGGCCCAGACCAGUGAGCAUACACCCGAACUACUGGUUCAGAGCUGUGUGGUGCCCUGUGAGAAGAAGGUUCAGGACGGCCUGAUGGCCAUCUUCAGCUAUGUGGCCAAGGUGGGCAGCCGGCCCUGGGUGCCUGAGGUCCCCAUUCAGUUCCAUGAGCAGAGGCUAGGCCAUGGACUCAUUAUCUCCUGUCCUGGGUCCCGGCCCGAGCACGCUGUGGCCUGGGACAAGGACCACCAGUACCUCUACCGCACACAGUACCUGAAGGGCGUCAACAGGUCCAUGAGAGUGUUCAUCGACCACGGCAACCAUCUCCACAUCCGUUUCACCCAGCUGAGUGACCGGGGCAUCUACUAUUGCUGGCGGCAGGGGGUGCGGGUUGCAGGGUUCCGACUGGGUGUUGCAUCUCGGGGCAGCUACCGGGUCUCAUUCUCAGACCCGGAGACUCGCUUUGCUAUGGAGCUCACCCUACUAGGCUACCUGUUCAUCACGGCUGUCUUUGUCACCAUUCACCUCUGUAGGUGCUGCUGUUACUUAUUUCACUGUUGUCCCAACUUCUCCCCUUAGAUCCCCCUUUUUUCCCCACCUCUGAAGACCAGCUGUGCUCAGAUGUGUUUGUUAAAUGAUGCCGGAUGCCUCUGGGUGGGCAUCCCAGGCUGGGCUGUGUGGCAAGGGGGGUGUGGACAAAUCUGUUAGUUACAACCUGCUCCUGGCAGGUGGAGAAGCCUGAGGCAGGUAGGAGAUGGGGGGCUGAGGCCAGUAUGGAAGUAGCUAGGGUGCACGUCUUCCAACUUCACGCUCAGAGAAGGAAGAAGUGAACCUAGUAUUUAUCAAAUGGCCUUUUUGAUGCUGGAACAGUGUUUGAGGUGCUUUAUUUUCUUGUCUUGGAGGAUUGCUAAAUAGGCGCUGGUUGAAUUAGGGGUAGCAGGGAGAGGAAGAGGGAGUGGGGGAGCCUCAUAUAUGUUCUUGUCUCCACAAUGGCAGGUUUGAGGGAAAAGGUAGAGACUCGUAUAGGAGAAAUGGGUGAGGAAAGUGGAGUUCAACAUCAGGGUUUUUCCCAGGGCUGGGGACUGAGUGAGAAGAGGGGCAGGGGGCACCAGGGCUGCCAUGGGGAGCAUGGUUAGAGCUGGGAUUUGUCAUGUGCCUGCUGCUUGGGGGUUUGGGGUCCCAAGAUGAUCAGCAAUAAGAAGCAAGUUGAGUCUUGCCCAAGGCUACUUCCUGCCCUCUCCCCCAGCCCCAGCCUCCCCUGAAAAGAUCAGAGUCCACUCUGGGAAAGGCCACAGCAAUUGUCUUUAUUUACCUUAGUAAGUAAAGGCUGCAGUGGUACCCCGAGGGUUAGCAGCAGCAGGUGGCAGGAGGGAGUGAGGGGAAGGGCACCAGGUCUUGGAAAGAGGGAAGGACUCUCACUUUUCUGGCCUUGGAGGGGUGAGGAGGACCCUGGAGCGGACCCUCUCAGCCCUAUUUGUGGGCACAGAUAGUCCUGUGCCUGCCCCUCAUCCCCAGUCUUCCCAUGGAAAGCAGAGCACAAACCAGUCUUCAUUCUGUUUGUGCCUCCAUUCCCCAAACGAUAAAAUAUAGUGCUACCUACAGUAUGAGGGUACAUUUUGCAUUGGAGUAGGAGGGGAACCACAAGAGCCCUUGGGUUAGGAAAAAACAGCAGGUCACUGGAGGGUGGGAAUUAUCUGAUGUAGGACAGUGGCUUCACCCAGCAGUGUUACUGGGGUUGGGAGGCAGCAGCUACAGUGGCUCAGAGGUCUGGGUGGGGGAAUUAUGCAGCAAGGAGGGAGGCUUUAAAAUAGGAACAAA